AUGUGCCACCUGAUGUACAAAUACUAUUUAGUAAUUCUGCUACUUAUAAACCAGAUGUUUCGUGUUUUUUCGGAAAAUAGAAUCUUCAAAUUACCGCGGCUAAUCCUGCACGCAGACCAGUACUAUCUGGUUAAGCAUAAAGCUGUUGGCAUGUCAUGUCAGAUAGAGCCUGGUUGGCGUGGGGCGACAAUGGCCGAUGUACAUUGGAUCAAAGAUGGUGUACCUGUCAGCGAACUCGAAAAUGAAAAUAUGCGGAACGAAUUGCUUGUCGAUGGGCCUGCUUUAAAAAUACAAAACGGGAAGCAUCAUGCCGAAGGAGAUUAUCAAUGUUCAGCUCUAAUACGGGGUGUACGAUUGUCUAAUGGAAAACAUAUUGAUACACGUCUUGUAUCCGCUCCAGUAAAGUUUCGUCGUGCGAGGAUUACCAAAUUUGAAAAAGUUGCACCGCAGAGUGUGGCUGUGUUUCAAGGACAGAUUGCUCGUUUACCAUGUAUGGGAAUGCCAGAUGUGAUUCCUGGCCCUCCAGAGAUAACAUUCCAGAAAGAAGGCUAUGAUAAACUUCUAGGAAUGCCGGGCGAUGAAAGGUAUCUCUCGACAUCGUCUGGUAUGCAAAUACCUUUGUCAAAAUUAUCAGAUUCAGGCAAUUAUCAUUGUGUUGUUCGUAAUAUAUUUACCAAUCAAACUCGAAAAUCACCGCAUUUUGUUAAAUUAGAGGUAUUGGCAAAAAGGUACAACAGCAUUGAGCCUAUGCUUAUUUACCCUCUAACAUCGUCCUCAGUCAGAGGACCCAUUGUUAUUGAUGUUGUCAAGGGACAAACAGCGCUUCUAGAGUGCAUCGUCACAUCUGCAAAAAUUAUUUGGACAAGGCUAUAUCCCGGAGAAACAGAAAUAUCAAUGAGUGGCGAAAAAGCACGACUGCGCCAAAUUUGGGGCAAUUUGCAAAUUCAACAGGUAAAUGAAGCAGACACUGGAAUUUACAUUUGUGAAAGUAUGGCGCUCUUUUCUCAUGUUACGGUUGAAUUUCCUAAGGUUUAUUACAAUUUACGGGUACAUGCACCAACCGAUGUACAGCUUAUGUUGGGACAGCUUGCUGCAGAUAAGAGCUGGAAGCUGAGCUGUUUGGCGCUAAAUUUACAUUAUGAGAUUCCGAUGGUGUAUAUGAAUGGGUUGGCACUGAUUGAUGCAAUGGAUAAGCUUGGUGUUCCGCCACAUACUAAUUUCUUUACAAAUCCGAUAAAUGCCACAUUGACUUCUAGUGUUGCAUUAUCAGGCAGUGUACAGUGCAUUUCACGCCCAGCGAUGGAUGAAGCAGAGGUAUAUGGAAAUGGCCUGGAACGUGGUCGAGCGAUGAAUUUCUAUGUUGAUAAUCGAGUCAAUCAGCAGAUUAAUUUAAUUUUACAAGGGCCAGAAAAUUCUACCAAAACAGUUGGUGAGACAGUACAAAUGGUUUGUUUAGUAGUACCACGAACAACCAAGACCAUUUGGACCAAAGAUGGUAAACGUAUGGCACUAAUUGGGAAAAGACGUAUCCGAUUGGUUGGGACAGCAAGUUUGCAAAUUUCUGAUGUACAACUGGAAGACGAAGGAUGGUACACAUGUGAAGUGACUGAUAACACAAAUCACAUGACUCGUUCCAGUGCCUAUCUAAGAAUCAUUCCGAAAGAAGCACUUUUACAAAUUGAGAAAGAGAGUGGAGCGAAAAGUCAAGGUGUAAGGAAUAUCUUCUCUGAUAACACUGCUGCUGUACAGUUUCAAGAAGAGUUAAAAACAGGUGGAUCGAAGGAACUCUCAAUGGAUGUUCCGCGAGCGUUCAUUUCCGGAAGAAAUGUGCGAGUACUAUGGUCAGUACCCAACAGUUAUUCAUUUCUGAACAAAAUUACGUCAUUUCAAGUUGAAUUUCGAACUGAAGGUAAUGACAAGAAAUGGAUCACGGGUGAUGUAGUAGACGGACAUGUGCGCGCUGUUACUAUCAAAGCAUUGCUACCCGGAAAGAGAUACCAAUUUCGAGUGUUAGCGAAGAUGUUGGACCAGAGUAUUGUAUUGUCUCCACCUACCGAUUGGCUUAAAAUUGAACAAGCACUCGAAAAUGAUGAUGGAAACAAUUCACAACUUAAUAUCACCCUUUUUUCUCCAAUUUCAGAUACCGUCCUUCAACUCUAUUGGACUUACAUUGCUCCGAACUACAUAAGAUCUCCCGAAACUUUCCUCGUUUCAUAUGCUAAUGUUUCUGACAAAGACUACACUCAUACGAUACGAUUGAACAGUUCAUUUUCCAUGACUAAUUUAAGUAAUUUAAUACCUUCUAUGGAAUAUCGGGCCGUUGUCGAAGCUGAAUUUGCUGACAAAACGAGCCAACGAAGUGAACCAUCCGUUGCACGCACUUUAGCUGCUCGUGGUAAAUUCAUGGACACAUCACAUAGAAUAUUCAACGAACAACGAGUUCAGAAAUCACAUCUUUACCAUGAGCCAGCGAUAGCAAUGUCAGCCAUAAGUGAUGUGAAUGAAUUUACUCCCCUUAAGAUAAAGUAUAGUGGAAAUCAGCCAUCUUCCGUUGCGUCUUUGAAAAGCUUUUCAUUCAGCAAAGAUUACGACAUCAUGCCAAACCUGUAUAGUGAAGAGGAUAACUUUUUGGAGGGGAGAAAUACUCUCCUUACUUCAUUCAAAGAUAAAUUGUGGACUAAUGCGAAAAUAUAUGAAAAUGUGAUAUCAGAAGUUAAUGAUAUUCAGAGGCCAGUGCAAAAAGCUUUACAAAGCAAUGACGAAUCUUUUUGGUUGAAAGGAAUUACGAAAAACGGCCAAAUAGUGCCGCCAAAUCACAUCACAGUUAUAUCUCCUGGUGUACAAUUGCCAGCGUCAAAACGUGCGGAAAACAAUACACAGUAUACAGCACUGUCGGCAACAAGUGGAACAGCUGACGAAUCCUCUAGAAACAAUCAAAUAUCCUCCCCGACAGAUGGUUGUUAUUUGCACACAUUUAAAUCUCAAGCGUCAAACACGACAAGCUUCACCUAUACCAUAUUAAAUAAAUAA